AUGGCUUUCAAAUAUUCUCCCCCAGAAGAAGAUCUCAACUGUCCUGUAUGCUGUGAUAUCUUCAAGAAUCCUGUCAUCCUGUCAUGUAGCCACAGCUUCUGUAAAGUAUGCCUGGGGGAAUACUGGAAUCAAAAGAAAACCUGGGAAUGUCCAAUUUGCCGGAGACGAUCAUCAAAGCGCAACCCUCCAUUUAACUUGGCAUUAAAGAACAUGUGUGAGAACUUUGUACAAGAGAGGACUCUGAGAGCUUCAGCUGGGUCUGAGACCCUCUGCAGUCAGCAUGGGGAGAAACUCAAGUUCUUCUGUCAAGAACAUCAACAUCCUGCCUGUGUAGUGUGUCAGACUUCCAGAAAACACCUAAACCACAAGUUCUGUCCUAUAGAUGAAGCUGCACAUGAUUAUAAGGAGGAACUCAAGACUGCACUGAAGCCCUUACAAGAGAAACUGAAAGAUUUCAAUAAAGUUAAGUUAACUUGGGACCAAUCAGCAGUGCACAUUAAGUACCAGGCUAAGCACACAGAGAGCCAGAUCAAUGCUGUAUUUGUGAAGCUUCAUCAAUUUCUACAAGAAGAAGAGGAGGCCAGGAUAGCGUCUCUGAAGAAGGAAGAGAAUCAGAAGACUCAGACGAUGAUGAAGAAGAUAGAAGAGAUUAGCAAAUAUAUAUCAUCCCUUUCAGACACAAUCAGAGACAUAGAAGAGGAGAUGAGAGCUGAUGAUGCUUCAUUUGUACAGAACUACUCGUUCACGAUUAAAAGAGUCCAGUGCAGUCUGCCAGACCCAAAGAUGGUUCCAGGGGAGCUAAUAGAUGUAGCCAAACACCUGGGCAACCUGACGUUCAUAGUCUGGGAGAAGAUGAAGGUCAUUGUUCAGUACAGUCCCAUUAUUUUGGACCCCAACACUGCCUACCCAGCUCUGCUCCUGUCUGAUGAUCUGACCAGUGUGAAACAUAUUUACACACAGGAGCUUCCUGACAACCCAGAGAGGUUUGAUCUGAGUGAAUUUGUUCUGGGCUCUGAAGGCUUCACCUCAGGUACGCACAGCUGGGAUGUUCAUGUUGGAGACCAUCCAAACUGGGCGAUAGGUGUGAUCCAGAAGUCUGUCUCCAGGAAAGGACGUGCUUUUUGGGAUGGAACCUGGGGAAUACAAUUCCAAAAUGAUAAAUACGUUGCAGUGAGCCCAUUUCACAUAUUACAUCCCCUUUUAGUGAAGCAGAAAGCCCAGAUUAUCAGAGUGCAGCUGGACAUGGACAGAGGAAACCUGUCUUUCUCUGACCCUGUCAGUAACACACAGUUGCAUACAUUUACAUACAUCUUCCUUCAGAGUGUCUUUCCACUCUUCUAUCACCCGCUGUUUUCACUCGUACAUGACCAGUCAUUGACAAUUGUGCCAGUAAAAGUCUCGAUAAGAGACAGUUGGACCUGA